UCGAUUAUAUGCAAUGGAGCGAGGGCUGAAGAUUCCUCAGAACAAGUGCACCAAGACCACCAAUUCCCUCCUGAUUUCACUCAUGAAGCAGCUUGAAAAGCUUGAGCAGAAGCAGAAGUAUGCGGCUUGGAAAGCAGCAGAUAUAAGGAAAGCUGUGAAAGAAGGAAGGAAACCUCAGGCUGGCCCCUCUGCAGGUGAUGAUGAUCUUUCAGUUCCCUCGAGUACAACUAGUGGUUCAUAUAUAGCAUUGGAGGGCAGUUACAAGGAAGAAUUUGUUCAAGAAUUUGACAACCAUCAAUGA